CCGAGCAGCCUCAGCGGCUCCUCUCUCAUCUCAUCGCGGGGCUCGGUCCAGCAUGGCGGCGGCUUGCGGAUGGAAAUACUGAUGACAGUCCGGAAGAUCGCCUCGAUUUGUACGAUGGGCGCCAAUGCCUCAGCCUUGGAAAAGGAGAUCGGACCGGAACAGUUUCCCGUGAACGAACACUACUUCGGAUUGGUCAACUUUGGCAACACGUGCUACUGUAACUCGGUGCUGCAGGCGCUGUACUUCUGUCGGCCGUUCAGGGAGAAGGUGCUGGCGUACAAGGUGCAGCCGCGGCGUAAGGAGUCGCUCCUCACGUGUCUGUCCGACCUCUUCAACAGCAUCGCCACGCAGAAGAAGAAGGUCGGAGUCAUCCCGCCCAAGAAGUUCAUCUCGCGGCUGAGAAAAGAGAACGAGCUGUUUGACAACUACAUGCAGCAGGACGCCCACGAGUUCCUCAACUACCUCCUCAACACCAUCGCAGACCUGCUCCAGGAGGAGAAGAGCCAGGAGCGACAGCAGAAUGGGAAGCUGGUGCAGAACGGAGGAGGAGGAGGUGGAGGAGGAGGAGGAAGUACAGGUGGAGGAAGUGAGGGAGGAGGUGAAGGUGAAGGAGCAAAGGAGACGCAGCAGACGUGGGUCCACGAGAUCUUCCAGGGAACGCUGACCAACGAGACGCGGUGUCUGAACUGUGAAGCCGUCAGCAGUAAAGACGAGGACUUCCUGGACCUGUCGGUGGACGUGGAGCAGAACACGUCCAUCACACACUGUCUGAGGGGCUUCAGCAACACGGAGACACUAUGCAGUGAAUACAAGUAUUACUGUGAGCAGUGUCGCAGCAAACAGGAAGCACAGAAGAGGAUGCGGGUGAAGAAGCUCCCGAUGAUUCUCGCCCUCCACCUGAAGCGCUUUAAAUACAUGGACCAGCUGCACCGCUACACCAAGCUGUCCUAUCGCGUCGUCUUCCCGCUGGAGCUCCGCCUCUUCAACACGUCCGGGGACGCCACCAACCCGGACCGCAUGUACGACCUGGUGGCGGUGGUGGUGCACUGCGGCAGCGGUCCCAACCGAGGACACUACAUCACCAUCGUGAAGAGCCACGGCUUCUGGCUGCUGUUCGAUGACGACAUCGUGGAGAAAAUCGACGCCCAGGCGAUCGAGGAGUUCUACGGCCUCACGUCGGACAUUUCCAAGAACUCUGAGUCAGGAUACAUCCUGUUCUACCAGUCCAGAGACUGACCCAGCCGCCACUCAAACCCCCACAGACUGUCACUCAACAGAGGGGGAGGGGCUUACAGCUGCUAGCGGCUCCGCCCACUACGCUCACACAAGUACCCCGGGCUUUAUUCCCUUGUGGGCGGAGAUUUGCACCGGAGCGCCCCCUGGGAUCGGUGGAGCCGUGCGCAGGUCGCAUGGCAGCUUCCUGGAUUACCGCCCCCCCCCCGUUCAAACCCCCCGAGCCCACACUGCAGCGAGCGCCACGACCAAAACAAGAUGGCCGACGCCAAUCCAAGAGGCUGACAUCACCGUGUGCACGCCGGUUCCAUCGCCGAGGUAACCGCUGCAGAGACUGGGGGGGACGACGCAGAACGACCAAUCAGGAGGCGACACCAGAGGCUGCCAAUCAUCCUCGUCGUCAUGGUUACCGUCGGUGUCAUCAUGUCUUCUUUUAGCCUGCGUGUGAUUCUGAGCUCAAUUCGCUUUCCACCGUGAAGCUUCUCCUUCGCUUCACGCUAACACACACAUCCACAAACACACAAACAUCGUGUCACAACAACACAACCACCGACACAACGUUUCCUCAUCGCACAACGUGAUCGAGUUCUGUUGCUAGUUCGCAGUGUUCAUGAAGCGGUGCUAACAACAUUACGUGUUACACCAGUAACGUCUCUGACUGAAAAUUUUGCCUCAUUUUUCAUAUUUGAAUUCUGAAAAUUUGACCGAAAUACCAUUUAACGGUUGGUGUAAUUUAACCGUUUAUAUUUUGUAUUGAUUAUUUACAAGGUUUGUCCUCUAUUAUCUUCACUUCCUGUUCCCAGGACUCAAACACUCACAGUUUAAUGCUAAGCUGUCGUGCUAGCUGUCAAUGCUAAAGAGAACCACGCGGGAAAAUACACCCGUCUCCUCCUCCUCCUCUUUCAGAUUAACACAAUUCGAUUGGCUGCCGCAUAGAAAGUUGAGAUCUAAGUGGAAGUAUUUGAGUUCCUGGUGUGUUGUCAUAUUCCGGGCCACAAACCCUAGAGGACGAGCGGUCAGGUGGUUAGUUAAACCUUUUGAAGCAGGCACUUCCUGUUCAGAUAUUUACCCAGAGUCCCUUUCUGCAGUUUGCUUUUUAAACACUCCUUCAAAUGUCAUUUUUAAGGCUCAAACACAAAGAGACCGGUUCUUUCCUUUCACCUCUGACAGACACUACAUGAAGCCUGUGAAUGUUCAGUUCCCUUUUUGUUUUAAAGCUUUACUCAUCGACAGCGAACCCUUCACUCCUCCGUGCACGCACCUCGCUGGAAGCUGGCAGAGCGUCAGCAGCCAAUCAGCCGCUGGCACAGAUCAGCUCCGGUUUGUGCAGCUGCAGCUCGGAGCUUUUACAUAACAUGUUUUCCUCUCGGUGACGUCGGCGGCGCUCGGCUGGCGUGCCGCUCGCCCACAGUCGCUCCCCGACUCGCUGGAUGUGAUGAGACGGCCUCAUGCCUGUUGUUGUGGUUAGAACAGUUUCCUCUGCUCGGUAUCGGAUCCAAUUCGGCUCAAAGGCAACGAGUUCAGGAAGGUCACAGCUUCUGAUUCACUGCUGACUCAUCUGACUGAAGUGAAGCUUUUAUCAACCAGUCAGUGUUUGUUCAAACUCCGCAAAUCGCUUCAUUAACACGUAAAGUUUUAUUUGAAUUCAUGAGAAACAGGAAACAUUUCAACCUUUUACUUUACUUCUCGGUUUCGUCUCGUUCUUUGAAGUUUGAUUUACGUCAAAAUGUUCCGAUGCCAAUUUCUCGUGUGAUUAACAAGGAUAAAAACUUGUUUAACGUAUUUUAUUCUCAAUUUUAUUCUUUUUACUUUACAUGUUACCUCUCUCCGGCUAACGCACAAUCCCUUCUUCUUCUUCGCUGCCCCAAAAUCAGUUCCCGCUCGUGGCAGAACAGCACAACUUCUGUUUGAGUUGCGAAGAAGAAGAAGAAGUGAUUUCUGGGAAAAUAAAAUUGCAGGUUUGACUGAAACUAACACUUUU